GGAAGAGCAGCCCCGGGAGGCGCCCCCCAGCCAUCCUCCCUGCUCGGCCCCGGCGUGUCCGCGGCUGCUGCUGCUCCUCCGAAUAGGUCCGCUCCGGAGAAAAGAAAGGGGGAGAAUAAAAAAAGAAGAAGAACAAAAAAAGAUGAAGAAAUUUAAAAAAAAUCGGGAAAACGGAGGAAAAAAAACCCUGAAACACCUCCUGUCUCAGGAGCUGCACAGGCUGCAAAAGCACUGUGCUGCGGAGCGGCGGGGAGGAGGGACGGGGAAGUGUGGGUGUGGGGGGGGAGGGGGGAGCCGGCAGAGCCGGUGGGGGCGCCCCCGCGGAGGGACGGGGCGUACGCGCAGGCAGGGCGGGGAGAAGGGAUUCCCCUCCUCCCCCCGGAGGGGCUCUCGGGGAUCCCCGCGGGGAUGCCGGCGGAGAGCGGGGACCUCGCAGGGGGGAGCCGGGGGACCCCGGGCCAGCUGCGCCCCCCCGCCGUGCUUCGCGGGGCAGGGCCGGGUCCCCCUCCCCGGGGCGCUGCCCCCCUUCCCGCUCGGUGCCGCGCCCGGCGGCACAGCCGUGCCCGUGCGGAGCGUUCCCGGGUGCCGGGGGGGCUGCGCAGGGCUCGUCUCUGCCAGGCUCAAGGGUGCGGGGCGCCCCGGGGUGACGGGGCUGCAAGGCGGGGCGAGUAACGCAGCGCCACCCCCUCCCCGCCGGCCCCGGGGGCUGCCUGCCGCCCGCCUCCCCCGCGGGGCAAUCAGUCCCCUUCGCUCCCUGCAGAACCGCGGCCGGCCGUUCCCCCCUCACCCCGGGCGGAGGGGUGCCGGCCCCGUUCCCCCCGCCCCGGGAGCAGGGGUGCCGGCAGAGGGCUCUGCGGGGGGAGGCGGCGCGGUGCCACCCGGUGCGCUGCGGGCUGCCCCGGGGGUCGGCGCGGCCGGGGGCAGGCAGCACUGGCGCGGGGCACGGCCCGGCAGCGCUGGCCCCAGCGCCCCCCCGCGCCCCUGGGGGCUCGGCUCGCCUUGCCUUUCCCUUGCGCCCGGCGAUGAUGCCACGUUAAAAUAUUUUUUCUGCCCCUCAGCGGGAGCUUGUGUGGCUCUUCAAGGCGCUGCCGCCCGCGGCCCCCUACAACGAGCACGUCCGAACAGCGACAACGUACAGACACUAGUCCCAGGGGCAGCAGGAGCCCUACACCACAGGUAUUUUUCGUAAAAAGUCAAAGGGACAGCAGCUAUUAGGAGCGUGCACCGUUACGGGGAUUCACUAGCAAUUCGCUUCUCUAGUUCAGGAAAAGGAGCCUGGAGGAAACGGUCCAGGGUUUUGCAGAGCAAGGUACUACAAGGUGAGUUCUGAUUGUGGGCAGCUACCUCGGGGAAGCUGCCCCUGCUCUGCCAGGGCACACCUGCAGAGAGGGGUUUUCUUGCUGGGAAACAGCUCUUUAAAAAUAAAGAGCACAUACUGAAGGAACAAACUGAUUUUUGUAACUAUUCUGUUGAAAUUCCUUUCUGCUUGCCGUACAUAUUCUAGCCAUUUCCUCCCUCCUGUUUCAGGAUAGUCAUUCCUGCCCCUCAAAACAGAGCCAGACCUGUGUCAGUCACAACACAGGAAUAACCUAUGGAUAAUAGUUUCACGGGACUAUAUAAAGGGGAAAAAAUAA